ACCCCGUGGUUAACGGCAAUCCAAACAACAACAACAAAAAACAUAAAAAACGAAAAAGUGAAGCGGAUCCGGGUUUUCCUGUUUUUGAAGAAAUAACGCGAUUAAAAACUAGUUUCACCGGUGUGAUGGCUUCAAAAUCGUCUAAGAUAAAUUUUUCAGAAGUGCUUCCCGAGGACGAAAAGAUCAUAUCCCGGAACCUAGCGUGGCGAAAGAUAGUGGAACGUUACUCUAAGGCUGGUAGUGGCGACGAUGAUGAGGGUAUACUGAUAAGCGAUUUGGUACAGCAUGACCUUGCCUCUGACGACGUUCUUUCGGAUGAAAGUUCGGCAUCCGAAGUUUCUGAAGAUGAUACUAGCUAUAGUGAUUCUUCGGACGACGAUUUCGAGGAAAACAAGCAACAGUUGGCGGUGGCAGUGAAAGCCAGAACCAACCAGUGGAAGGAGAGUGGCCUGAUAAAACUCUUCGAGGACAACUUCACACUCGGGACGAAGGAAGCGUUGAACUGGGUGCAGCAGUGCAAGGCUGGCCAGGGCAAGGCUAUUGAACGUGAGCAAGAGACGCGUUUCACAGAAAUUGAUGGCGAUAAGACACUCGAUGUGAGUUGCAAGCGCAACGUUUCGGUACUGAACCAAAACGGAACGCAAAAGUUUGCUUCGAUUAACAACUCAAACGUCGAGAUGAAGCAUGGUACGGGAAAACGGAUCAUAUUCCAGCAGACGGAACGCACACUUACGACAAUCUUCGAUGUAACUGCUUGUUCAACGAUGGAUCUGUCUCUGCCGCCUUCAUUCCUCUCAUUCUCUAACAUGAGCGCGAAAAACAUUCCUAGCAUCCUCUCCAUCCAAAACCUAUCAACGUCAAAACCGAAGCCAUCGAGGAAGGUAAUAUUCAAGCCGCCGAAACCACCUAAGAAAUGCUACCGAAAAGAACCGAAUGAUCAUUCCCAGCAGCGCACAGUAACGAUCAAAGAGAUACCUGCAAAACAAGUUGCGAACAAGCAAACGGAACCUAUUAUAAUCUCUAGUGCUGAUAGUGAUAGUGGUAAAAGCGAUUCACUCAGUCCAGAAAAAGUUGGAAAACCGCUCAAACAAAAGCAGGUAACGUUCAAGCUAUUGGAAUCUCCCGAACAUGCACCAAAUGAUCGUUCCCAGCAGAAUAAGGAAAAGGCGCCUGCAAAUCCUUCAAAACAAGUUACCAAGACGCACACAAAAGCUACUGCAAUCUGCAGUACGGAGAGUGUUAACAACGAGCUGCCCGGAGAUACUAUAAAACCAUUUAAUCAAAAGCAAAUUAACGUUUCGAAACCGAAGCCAACUGCCUCAUGUGAUGGUUCGCAAAAGCAGAAUACCUACAAUACUCGCACAUCAAAGCAGAACAUAACGGCAAUUAAAGGUAAUUUUGGCGUAAAAUGUGACUCAUCGAUCAAACCCAAAAUCAAACCCCAAAAAAAACCAACAGACAGUUGUAGCGAUAGUACCGUUUCGUUGGGUGUGCUAGUAAAACCUAAAGAACAGAGCAUUGCCCCAAGCGUUCCUCCUAAAUUGAAACAGCAGGUGAGCGCAAGAAGUGAUGAGAGUAGAAUGCAGAGCAAGGGCGAAACCGAUACCGUGAUGCUCCGGCGCAAUUACAAAGCAGAAAAAUCUUCUACGGAGAGCAAACCUACGGGAAAAUCACAAAUCGCAGCACCCACGGAAACGAAGUCCGGCAACGAUAACCAGCGGUACUACAUGACGGAAACAAUGAAGACGCAGCUAAAGAUUGGUGGCCGGUUUCGGUAUCAACUGCAGGGGAUGGUAAUUUAUCGGCCCAAGCAGAUCAAUCAUGACGCACCGGCAACCGAGCGAAUCCGGAUUACGCGCGAACACCUUGAUCUUGGAGGCAUCGCGGAUGAGAAAAGACGGCAAAAAUUCAACAACUUCUUGUACAACAUUCAUCCCAACUCGAAGAUUGUGUACUACAUGAGUGAGGAUGAGGAUGAACCUGAAGCAGAAGAUAACGAUGCAGAAGAUAGCGAGUCAGAGGAUGAGGACGAUCCGAUUCUUACAUUCCGACCGAAGGUUUGCGUCUUUGAAAUUCCAUACGAGAAACCUUCGCUAUAGCGAUAUUUGGGCUAUACGUAAAAUACUUUUCUCAUACUAUCGUCCCCUUGAUUAGUACUUGCGAUUGUUCGAUGUCAGAAUUUUGAAUUUUGCCAAAAUCUUGAGUUAUUCAUUAGAGGUUCGUUAAUAAUGCCAUAUCUACAAGCCAAUAUCACGCUGCAAUACAAGUAGCCUACUAAGAGCACCUCCGUGCUUGUCGAGCGAUACGCAUUACAGACUACUUUGAUUGAAUGAAAUAGGACAUAAGAAACUUCCUAACUGAAGUUUAUAAAUGAAACGUAAUAAACGAUGUCUACA